AUGUCUACGGAGAAAGCGCAAGGAUCGAGCAACACAAGCGUUCAUCCUUAUCUAUCAAACCCGCCACAUUAUCUAACAUUUGAAGAUGUUAUCGAUCAGCUAGGCACAAAUUCCGAUGAUGGCCUCACAUCGAAUGAGGCGAAACAACGCCUAGAGAAAUAUGGCGAGAACAUGCUCGAGGGAGGCGAAGGCGUCUCCUUCGCGAAGAUCAUCAUUCGACAAGUUGCUAACGCAAUGAUGCUUAUUCUCAUCAUUGCAAUGGCUGUCAGUUUUGGAAUUCAAUCCUGGAUUGAGGGUGGAUUCAUCGCAGCGGUCAUCGCCCUCAAUAUCGUUGUUGGUGUCUAUCAAGACUUCGCAGCUGAGAAAACGAUGGACUCCCUGCGCUCCUUGAGUUCGCCUACUGGAGUAGUGACUCGGGAUGGCAAAACCGCCACUGUCCCCGCUAACGAAAUCGUUCCGGGUGACAUUGUGGAGCUGAAAGUUGGUGAUACUGUUCCUGCUGAUCUCAGAUUAAUCGAAGCAUUCAACUUUGAGACUGACGAGGCUCUCCUCACGGGUGAAUCCUUGCCAGUGCAAAAGGAAGCAAAGUCGACAUUCGACCUGGAUACUGGACCUGGCGACCGUCUUAAUAUCACAUACAGCUCUUCAACUAUUACUCGCGGGAGGGCAAGAUGUGUUGUAAUUGGCACUGGAAUGCAAACAGAAAUCGGAGCCAUUGCCGCUGCACUCCGGGGAGGAGAUUCAAAGCGUCGCCCUGUGAAGCGUGGGCCGCAAGGAGAAACGAAAAAGCGAUGGUACAUUGAAGCAUGGACAUUGACAACUACCGAUGCGAUUGGUCGGUUCCUGGGAAUCAAUGUGGGCACACCAUUGCAACGAAAGCUUUCGAAGCUAGCGUUACUUCUGUUCGGCAUUGCCGUGGUCUUUGCGAUCGUGGUUGCAGCAGCUAAUAACUGGCGCGGAGAUAACGAGGUUAUUAUUUAUGCUGUUGCGACCGGAUUGGCCAUGAUUCCGGCUUGUUUGGUUGUUGUCUUGACUAUCACCAUGGCAGUUGGUACGAGACAGAUGGUGCAGAGACACGUUAUUGUGCGCAAGCUUGAUUCUCUGGAGGCACUGGGCGCUGUCACCAAUAUUUGCUCGGACAAGACUGGUACCCUGACUCAGGGGCGCAUGGUUGCUAAGCGUGCCUGGAUCCCUUGCCUUGGAACUUAUUCUGUUGGAUCAUCGCAGGAUCCUUUGAAUCCACAUGAAGGUGAUCUAAGUCUUCUGCCAGAAUCUCCAUUGAAGCUUGGAAGUGAUUCCAAGAAUCAGCCAUCUGAAAAGCCUCAGGACCUUUUGAAAAAUGGCAGUGUCCAUCUGAAAUCAUUCCUCAGUGUCGCCUCCAUGGCCAACUUGGCGCAUAUCCACAAGACAGCUCAUGGCGAGUGGCAAGCUCGCGGUGAGCCAACCGAUAUUGCAAUUCAAGUAUUUGCAUCUCGCUUUGAUUGGGGAUCGGAUCGCUGGAUCAAGGGUGAGAAGCCAAUUUGGCAGCAAAGAGCCGAAUAUCCGUUUGAUUCUAGUGUGAAGAAGAUGUCAGUCAUCUUCUCGAAGCAAGAUGCAGAAUCGAACCAAGCUACGGAAAUGAUUUUCACCAAGGGAGCGGUGGAAAGAGUACUUGACGCAUGUACGACUAUUACAUGGAGGUCAAAUCCAUCUCCAGUACCAUUGAGUGAUGAUAUCCGAGAUGAGGUCUUAGAGAACAUGGAGGGACUUGCAAAAGAAGGUCUCCGAGUUCUUGCUCUGGCUGGUCGAGAGCACACCACCGUUGAGUCGAGAGACAAUUCAAGUGAAGAAAACAUCCCCCGAGACGAAGUCGAAAAAGAUCUCGUCUUCUACGGACUGAUCGGCCUCUAUGACCCCCCUCGACCAGAAACGGCCGGUGCAAUUAGCCAGUGCUACAAAGCAGGAAUCUCCGUUCACAUGGUAACAGGCGAUCAUCCUGGAACCGCACGCGCAAUUGCCGCUCAAGUGGGGAUCAUUCCAUCAAACAUGGACACCAUCGCAAAGGAUGUCGCAGAUGCGAUGGUCAUGACUGCCGGGGAAUUCGACAAGUUGACAGAAGAUGAAAUCGACAAUCUACCAACUCUGCCACUUGUCAUUGCCCGCUGUGCACCAAAUACGAAAGUUCGCAUGAUUGAGGCCUUGCACCGCCGCGGUCGUUAUGUUGCCAUGACGGGUGAUGGUGUAAAUGAUUCUCCAUCUCUAAAACGUGCAGAUGUGGGUAUCGCGAUGGGCCAAAAUGGCUCGGAUGUGGCUAAGGAUGCUUCGGAGCUUGUUCUCACUGAUGAUAAUUUCGCCUCCAUUAUUAAUGGAAUUGAAGAAGGGCGUCGCAUUUUUGACAAUAUCCAGAAAUUCGUUCUUCACCUCUUGGCUGAGAAUGUGGCUCUUGCAUUGACUCUGCUUAUUGGUCUCGCCUUCAAGGAUGACACAAACCAGUCUGUUUUCCCUAUCGCUCCAGUUGAGAUCAUUUGGAUUAUCAUGAUCACGUCUGGACUUCCAGAUAUGGGGUUGGGUAUGGAGCGAGCAGCGCCAGAUGUGAUGGAUCGACCACCUCAAAGUAAACAAGGCAUCUUCACCUGGGAGGUAAUCAUCGAUACUCUCGUCUAUGGCGUUUGGAUGGCGGCACUAUGUCUUUCGGCCUUCGCACUGGUUAUGUUCCGCUGGGGUGACGGCAAUCUCGGAGAAGGCUGCAACACGCAGUAUAACGACCCGAGCAAGCCAUACAGUUGCGAUACUGUGUUCCGUGCCCGCGCAACAACAUUCACAUGCAUGACCUGGUUCGCUCUCUUCCUCGCAUGGGAGAUGAUCGACCUACGUCGAAGCUUCUUCUGUAUGCAACCGGACUCCAAGCGCUACUUCACCCAAUGGAUGCACGAUAUCUGGCGCAAUCAAUUUCUUUUUUAUGGUAUUAUGACUGGGUUUGUGCUUGCGUUUCCGAUUCUCUAUAUUCCUGUUAUCAAUCAUAGUGUCUUCAAGCACACCUCAAUCUCUUGGGAGUGGGGUAUCGUGUUUGUGGAGACGGUUCUCUUUUUCCUUGGUAUUGAGACGUGGAAGUGGUGCAAGAGAGUGUACUUCCGUCGACAGGCGUACAAGGCGGAGAAGAAGGGGGAGAUGCCUGUUGAUGACCGUCGUCGCUUGAAGGAUCUAAGUCGUCAUCCCACCAUGAGCCGAUCGGAGACACAGGCGACCGGUGAUAUGAUGGUUGAGAAGUCAAUGGUUUGA